ACAGUCAAUUGGGCAAUUCAUCCAUAAGACAACUAAUAUGUACUUCCGUCUAUUUCUUGUACUUGUCAUCUGCGCCACAACGGCUCUCGCCAUGUUUGAUCAUGGUCCAAAAUAUGGAUCGCACCAGUUCAAACCAGUAUAUCUGAGCCCAUAUGGAUCAAAAUACGAAUCCUAUGGAAAAUACGAUGAUCAUAAAGACUCCCACUACCAACCAUCCUACUAUCAUGAUUCUUAUGAGCCAAAGUACAACAGUGGACAUGAUCAGAAAUCUGGAAAUGAUUACUACUCAUCCUACCAACCAUCUCAUCAACCAUACUAUGGUGGUUCUUAUUACAAUGAGCAACCAAAGUACAACGAUUACCACGGAUCCCAAAACUACUAUGAUAAAUACUGAUUUAAAUGAAAUUUGUGAUAACAUGCCUUUUGUGAGAAUAAAUUUUUCCAUAGCUUA